AUGGCCCAGUUCAAGGAGAAGCUGAUCGCGAAGGAAAGCCUAGAGGGUCGCCUGUUGUUCGCCGUGCCCAAGAAGGGCCGCCUCAACUCGGCCACCCUGGACUUGCUUGAGGGAGCCGACAUCAAAUUCCGCCGCGAGAGCCGUCUCGACAUUGCCCUCGUCAAGAACCUCCCCAUCGCCCUCAUCUUCCUGCCUGCCGCCGAUAUCCCGACCUUUGUUGGCGAGGGCCGCGUCGACCUCGGAAUCACGGGCUGGGACCAGGUCAGGGAGCACGAUGCCGGCAUCAUUGCCCACAACAAGUCGAGGAGAGCGUCCGUCGAUCUCAACGAUGGCGAGCUGAAGCCCACCGGUGGCUGCGAGAUGGUCAUGGAGCUCGGCUUCGGUGCCUGCAAGCUCCAGGUCCAGGUCCCCGAGAAGGGAGCCUACGCCACAACGCAAGACCUGGUCGGCAAGACCAUCGGCACCAGCUUCGUCAACCUGGCCGAGGAGCACUUUGCCAAGCUCGAGCUGGGCGUCGACGCCGACGGCAACAGCAACACGUCGCCCAGGAAGCUGCGCACCAAGAUCAUUGAGCUCAGCGGAAGUGUCGAGGCCGCCUGCGCGCUGGGUGUCGCUGACGGCAUCGUCGAUCUUGUUGAGUCUGGCGAGACCAUGAGGGCCGCCGGCCUCAAGGCCAUCGACACCGUCGUCGACUCGCAGUCCGUCCUGAUCAAGUCCCGCAACCCCUCCAACGUCGAGCUCGUCGAGCUCAUCGCCGCCCGCAUCCGCGGUGUCAUCACCGCUCAGAGGUUUGUCCUGUGCCAGUACAACAUCGAGAGGUCACGCCUCGUCGAGGCAAAGCAGAUCACCCCCGGCAAGCGUGCGCCGACCAUCACGACGCUGGACGAGGAGGGCUGGGUUGCAGUCAGCUCCAUGGUGGAGAAGAAGAAGAUUGCUCUGGUGAUGGACGACCUGACCCGCGUUGGCGCCCAGGACAUUUUGGUGCUUGAUAUCCACAACACUCGAUAG